GGAUCGGUCCUGAGCAAAGCGCUCCGUGACUGUCUGCAGUGACUUGGAGCUGGGACGUCCCCGGUGCUGCAGCAGCAGAUCCUGCCGGCCGGAGCUUCACCCGCCUCCGGUCUGUGAGAGCUGUUCCUGUCUGGAACAUCUGCUUUUCCCCCCAGGGCUUUUUUGCUGAUGGCCAGAGCCGAGAUCCAUAUGCUUGUGUGAUGCUCCAUAGAUCUCCCCAGUGACCUUUGAGCAACUCCAGGCAAUAAACUGUUGGAAGGCAGAAAAGCUUUAUUUAGCUCCUUCCCUUGUCUUAAACACAGAGGAACGUUGUGUUUUGUUUAGCCUUGCCCAUGAAAACUUGAGGUCCUCUUGGCUUCCCUCACUGCAAACGUUAGGGCUGUGAUAAAAGCCAGAGGGGCUCUAAAACAUGGAUGUGUAAGAGAAGGCGGCGUCGGGAGCAGCAUUCUUUGGAGCGGAACAUCCCGAGUGUCAACAACCACCGCCGCUGACCAAAGAUGGUUGGGUUUCUCCAGUCACUUGAUUUUUUUCCCCGUCACUGGCAGGCUCCGUGCGGCUGUAGGAGGAGUUUGUGGUCACCUCCCCCUUUGAGGCGCUGCGGCCAGAUUCCCCCCACUGAGGUCCCCUCCCAGCCGCCAGGAUGUCCAGCAAACGUGCCAAAGCCAAGACCACCAAGAAGCGCCCCCAGCGCGCCACCUCCAAUGUCUUCGCCAUGUUCGACCAGUCACAGAUCCAGGAGUUCAAGGAAGCCUUCAACAUGAUCGACCAGAACCGCGACGGCUUCAUCGACAAGGAGGAUCUGCACGACAUGCUGGCUUCCAUGGGGAAGAACCCCACUGACGAGUACCUGGAGGGCAUGAUGAGCGAGGCGCCAGGGCCCAUCAACUUCACCAUGUUCCUCACCAUGUUCGGGGAGAAGCUGAAUGGCACCGACCCGGAGGACGUCAUCCGCAACGCCUUCGCCUGCUUCGAUGAGGAGGCAUCAGGCUUCAUUCACGAGGACCAUCUGCGUGAGCUGCUGACCACCAUGGGAGACAGGUUCACCGACGAGGAGGUGGAUGAGAUGUAUCGGGAGGCGCCCAUCGACAAGAAGGGCAACUUCAACUACGUGGAGUUCACCCGCAUCCUGAAGCAUGGAGCCAAGGACAAGGACGAUUAGACCCUCCCCUCUGCCUCCUCCUGCACAUGCUCCCCUGCCCCUCGGCCCCCUCUUGCUGCCCCACAGCAGGCUCCCCCCAUGGAAAACACCUCCCAGGACCAGCACCCCACAUCAGGUCAUGCUUGGAGGGGAAGUGCUCCCAUCACUGCACCGCUGUGUGCCCACCCAUCAGCUCCAGACCCCCCAGCACCUCUCCCACCCACAGGCUCGCUCCACUGGGACCCCCAGCCUGGCUGUGACCCCCCCCUUGAAGCCACUUUGCUGCCAGACCCCGGGGCUGGGGUGAGCAUCCGAGGUGAGCGCUGGCCUGUGGGGAUUCUGGCUGGCUUAAGCCUGAGCAUUCCCUAUCUCAGGACCAUAGCACAGAGAGACAGCACCUCUUCCCCUCUCCUCCUGCACUCCCUUUCUUCAUGGUUCCUCCACUUUGUUUCCUCCUCCCUGCCUGUUUUAUGGCUUUAGAGCCUGUGAUCCGAGGGAUUCGGGAGGCCGAAGCGGUGUAUAAAACCUGAUGGGUGUGAUAUGGA